AUGCCAUCGUUCAUGAAGUGGAGAUUACUUGGUGAAGUUGAGCUUGAAGUGCUGGUUGAUCCCAUGAGAAAAGAAGUUGGAUUUAUACGCAAGAGGAUAGACAUGGCUAAUAAAGAACUGAAGCCACUGGGACAGAGCUGCCAAAAGAAGGAGAAAGAAUAUAAAGAAGCACUAGAAGCUUUUAAUGAAAAGAACAAAGAGAAAGCUCAACUAGUUACCACAUUAAUGGAGCUGCUGACUGAGAGUGAAAGAUUAAGGAUGAAGAAACUGGAAGAACUGAGCAAGAAUGUAGAAUCCAAACCUUGACAUGUCUAUUUCAUCACACCAAUCAUUUUUCUAAUGUGUGGUUUUCCUUGAAUAAAGAUGUGUUUGGAAGUAGCCAAAAGUA